AUGAACUUAUCGGACGACUUGGCGAAGUGGUCUGGAUACGAGGUUGUCAUCCCUCCUCUUUUGGAUAAAAGUCAAGACAUAUUUGUGACGUUUAAAAUAUCUCACCAGAGUCAACAGGAGUUCAACGUCACCGAUAAGGACUUGCAUGCAGAAGUGUAUGUGGUGGCCAACUCGAUCACACCGAACGACAUUCACAACACCUUCUACGCCAAUCUGAUACAAGUCCAAGUGGACGCCCUCCUUUACAACUCGGACGUGUAUGGGUAUUUCGAGUCGGCCUUAAAAAUAAAGCCAUCUUACUUUGACGACCUAAAGAUGUUUUUCAAAUCUAUGUUGGUCAUCCUGAAGGAAGGAGACGUGGUGAUUAGUUCUGACGUGAUGGACUUCCUGGGGGAGGACACCAAAGUGGAGAGAAACCUCGAGUACCUCCUGAACGUCAUCCUGAACCGGAUUCCAGGCGUGAACCUCCUGGACACCCACAGAAGCGAACAGAUAAAAAUCAACCGAGUGCUGCACCGGCUCUCCGACUACCUACUCUACUGCCUAGAUUCGGGGUUCCUAUCGGAGAAGUUCAACGUAACGGACCUGAUCAAUGGGGCGAUCGCGAUCAACGCGGACAGCAUGCUGGCCAUGAACGACAUAAUGAACUUCCUGCUGCACCUGCGCAAACGGGACUACUCCGUGGGCUACCGGAAAGACUGCCUGGAGCUGCUUCGGGAGGAGGAGGAGACAUCCGUGCAGGGACCCAACGAGACACAAGUACUUCCUACAGGCACUGCUGCUGUGCCGCCCAUCCAAAUCGAGCGACUGUUGGAGAGCGAAGACCACUCUGUUAGCGACUUCCUGUUGUUCCACCUGCACCAAUGUGGGUACAUCAACCAACACUGCCGAUACAAACACGACGCCAGCUACAAGCAUAUCAUAGCGUGUAUCCUCAAAUACGGAGUAAACAUGAAAAUAAAAAAAAUCCUAAAAAAUAUAUUAAUUAACAUAACAAACAAUAACGAUGAAACAAAGAAUGUCCUCAUCAAUUUGGGAAUACAUAAGACAUGCAAUCUUUUAAUUUUAUCUCACGAUUCCGAUCUUAUACAGAAAAUUAUCCUGCUUUACAUUAACUUAAGUAAAAAUAUAUGGAUGUGUGAAGGAAUAGUAAACAGCGGUAUCCUCCUUCACAUGAUAGAUAUUAUGUUCAGUAUUUAUUCCAUUAAUUUCAGAGCAAAGAAAGAAAUUUGCAUUAAUAUCCUUUGCGUUAUUGGUCAGGUGUGUAAUUACUGCAAAACGUAUGCCAAGUUUUUACUCUCCAAUUAUGCAGAGAUUAUCCCUGCUGCUAUUUACAUCUAUCAAGCUACCGAUAUACAGCAAUUUGAAAAAGUCAAGCUGAUAUACUUUUUUAAGAAAAUCCAAAUGCACAGUUACGAGAUGAUGGAACAGAUAUGUCGGCAACUAUCUCCUCUGAUCAUUAUGGAAAUAUAUUCUGCUUCGGAAGAUCGAGAUUUUAUUUACUCCUGUUUGUCUCUCUUUGAUGUCAUGUGUUGCUACAAGGUUAACUGCCUCCACUUGGAGAGGAUGCAGAUCAUCCCGCUCCUCCGGUUUGUCCAGUCCCUCAACGUCGUGGAGCUCUACAAGCAAGCAAAGCGGAUCGAGGCCGCGGUCCGCAAAAGCCGGCAGCUUCGGUGA